CGCGUGCCACCGAGAACUUUUCUCUGUCUAGUUUCUCUCUCUAGAGCGCGUGCCCGGCCAUCGUCCUCCCCCCUGCUGGAAAGUGUCAGACAUGGGUGCUCAUGAGGACAUGCUUGUAACUAAGGUGUGUGAGCUCUAUGACAAAAUAUCAAAGCUUGAGAGCCUUAGCCCAUCACCUGAGGUGAACACCCUAUUCACUCAGCUUGUCUCAAUUUGCACCCCACCUUCUUCAAUUGAUGUAUCCAAGCUGAGUCCUAAGGUUCAAGAGAUAAGAGCCAAGCUCAUAAGGCUAUGUGGUGAGGCUGAGGGCCUUUUAGAGGCUCACUUCUCCUCAAUCUUGGCUUCCUUUGAGAGCCCAAUGGACCACCUUCACAUUUUCCCAUACAACUCCAACUAUCUAAAGCUUAGCCGCCUAGAAUUCAAUAUUUUAAGCCAAUACACAUCAAAAACCCCAAAGUCCUUGGCUUUUGUGGGUUCGGGCCCUUUGCCCCUCACUUCCAUCACACUAGCACUAAACCACUUGAAAUUCACCAAUUUUCACAACUAUGACAUAGACACAGGUGCAAAUUCCAUGGCUCUUGGCCUUGUUUCCUCACACCCUGACCUCUCUAAGCGCAUGUUCUUUCACAAUGCUAACAUCAUGGAUGUGAGCCAUAGGCUGAGGGACUAUGAUGUGGUGUUUUUGGCUGCCCUUGUGGGGAUGAGCACGAGAGAGAAAGCCAAGGUGGUCAAGCACCUGGCUAAGCACAUGGCCCCAGGUGCACUCUUGAUGCUGAGGAGUGCUCACGGGUCUCGAGCUUUUCUGUACCCUGUGGUCGAGCCUGAGGAGGUCCACGGGUUUGAUGUCCUCUCGGUUUAUCACCCGACGGACGAUGUCAUAAACUCGGUGAUGGUGGCUCGUAAGCAUUGGACUGAACCCGGACCCGGGCUCAUGCCUGUGGACACGAGUGGGCUCAUGGCCAUAGACCAAGGCCUUAGCCCUAUCAUCUUGCUCAACAAGUGCUCUGAGGUUCAAGGGUUCAACCCACUUGGUUCCAUGAUGGAGGAGAUUGCAGUUGAAGAGCAAGCAUCGUGAGGUUCUCACCAUCGGCUUAAAGUGUGGGUUACUGAUUGUUGUUUUGAUUGAUAUUUGCAUUUGUGUCUUGUCUUGGUAGGUAUAUGUUAGGCUACAUAUUAUGUCGGCAUGUAAGAGCCACUUAUGGUACGUCUACUUGUGUUGUCAAUUUUAUUUUUCAUCAAGUACUACUAAU